AUCUGACGUCUUUGAAUGUCAGCGUGGAAACACGUCUGUUUGAGAGGACAAAGAGGAUGAGGUGAAAAAACCCCUCAAUAGCCUCAGAGUGCCAAAUGAAAGAAGAAGAGAUCUCUUCAGUGGUCGGAGGCGCCGCUGCGCGUCAAUCUGAGCGUCUCUCUCGCGUCGGUGCUGCUCGUGACGGCUUUAACUCGUUGUGCAGCUUGGAUUUCAUUGCUUCACGGUCAGAGGGAGUUCAUGAAGAUUAUACAGAUUUAAUGUGGAGCUAAAUGAUCUGAUCUGACUGAAGUUCCAGUAGAGAUUCAGAUUGAAUCGCAGUGUCAUCUCUUCAGAUCUUUAUGAUUCAUUCAUCUGACAACUGAACUCAAGGUGAAGGAUGUUGUGUCUGGUCACUGAUGGUCUGCAGGUUCUGCUGUGGGUUCUGCUCAUGUUUUCCUGCUGUUGUUUGACUCAAGCAGAGACUCUGGUUACAGUCCGAAAAGUCACCCAUCCUUCUUUGCGACAGCCAUUAGCAGGCUCUGCUCUCCUCCCGUGUGUUUUUACUCUGUCACCUGCUGUUCCUCCGAGUCACGGCCCGUAUAUUCACUGGACACGAGGGUCAGGAGAGCAGGAGAGGACGGUUCUGUUCGCCCGGGACGGGGUGGUGAGAAUACACCAGGCUUACGCGGGACGGGUCAGUCUCCCCGGUUACUCUGUCAAUCAACUGAACGCAUCACUGGCACUAUCACACCUGCGCUCCAAUGAUUCCGGCAUCUUCCGCUGCCACGUCGCCCUGGGAGACAAAUAUGAGCAAGAUACAGUCAACCUGGAGAUCACAGGUGUUGUGUUUCACUAUCGAGCAGCGUCUGACAGAUAUUCGCUCUCUUUUGAUGAUGCUGUUGAUGCGUGUGAACAGAAUUCAGGUGAUAUUGCCGCUCCAGAACAUCUGUGGGCUGCGUUUCACUCAGGACUCAACAGCUGCGCAGCCGGAUGGCUGAAAGAUCAGACUGUCAGGUAUCCCAUACAGAGACCUGAGCUCGGUUGCUAUGGACACACAGAGUAUUCACGUGGAGUGAGGAAUUAUGGGAAACGGGACCCAUCUGAAUUAUUUGAUGUGUAUUGUUUCGCAAAUGAGAUGAAAGGUGAAGUGUUUUCUGUCACGGCCCCUGGUAAACUGACUCAUCCCGAGGCCGCGGCUCACUGUGAAUCAUUGGGUGGCCGGUUGGCGACCGUCGGGCAGCUUUAUCUGGCCUGGACGUCUGGAUUGGAUCAUUGUGAUGGCGGUUGGUUGGCUGAUGGGAGCGUGAGGUCAUCUGUCGGUACAGAGCGUUCACGGUGUGCAGAUGCUGAACCGGGUGUCCGAACCUUUACACCAUCAGAGCCCAUCAACAGGACAGAUCGCUUUGAUGCAUACUGCUAUCAAGAAAAGAAAUCACAGGACGCUCUCAGCAGCAUUGUUAAGUCCUUACUGAAGCCGUGGAAGUACAUGACCGGCGAUGUGGAUGGAUCGCAGGAGAAUGCAGAAGAUGUGCCCGAAUCUCCUUCAUCUACUGGAGAACAAGAUCUGUCUGACCUUCAGCCUACUAACUGGACCGGACAGGUGGAUUUGGACAAAGAGCUCCACGUUGCCGCUGAGCCUCCUGAGCUAUCGGCUGAGUAUUUGACCGUUCGUCUGAGAGCCGAAGACACGUCUCUGGACUGGAGCGGCCAGUUGGACUCGUUCCCGGACAUUGAACAGACGUUCCCUGCCCUGAGGUCAGAUCUCAUUUCUGAGAGUCCAGGUGGUUCAGCCAGAGAGGAAGAGGAUGAAGAUCUGUCAGGUCAGUCCGUCACAGAGACCACACAGUCCAAUGGCAAGAGUUCCCUUACGAGCAUUGUCAGCUCAUUGUGGAAACCCUGGAGAUACCUGACAGGAGGUGAGGUGGACACCGUGACCGAGAGCACGCAAGCUGUUACACAAUCUACCGUCAUGGACAACAAACCUACAGCUACUUCUUCCUCAGGGUUGAUGUCGUUGUUGGGCACCUCAAGGGUCUCUGGUCUUACGUCAGUCACUGAUAAAUUCAUCUCCUCCCAUCCGCCUGUGAGCUCAACAGUACCAGAGACUGGCACCAGAGAUAGAUCAAGCAUCGAUCAGGCCAGUCAAGCUACAGAGCACGCUCCAGGGACAGGUGAAGAAUGGGUUCAGGUGACAGAAAAACCUGGAGAGAAUGCAGGAACCCCUGACCCGGACAAUGAGGAAGAAGUUCCGGUCUCCAUUUCCAAAGAAUCUGUGCGUAGGUUGUCCCUGACGGAGAGCUACUCCGGAGAGAGUCGAACCCAUGAGAUGGAGGGAAGCUCGUGGGGCGAUACGUACCUGUCGCCAGGUGCCACGUCCGAAAAGACGCUUACGGUGGUAACGUUGAAUACCGGAUUAUUACCGGAAAGGAGAGCCACCACCUCGCUCAACCAGGACGACGCUGCUUUGGAGGCCCGUGGAGAAAUUCAAUACAGACGUAGAAACAAAGGCAGAAGGCCAGGCCACAGAACCACAGAGAUGACAACCACAGCUGCCCAGAGCACCACUAUGUCCUACAUUGUGUCUUCAACCAGUGAAAACACAAGAACAGCCUUCACAUUGUCUCCAGAUAAGUCUCAGAUGGCAAGCUUUCAAACGCCGGUUCUCAGCAUCACAGAUAAAGAUCUGAACAUCCCAGAGAAAGAUCUCACUAUCACAGAGAAAGAUCUCACUAUCACAGAGAAAGAUCUCACUAUCACAGGGAAAGAUCUCAGCAACAUAGAGAAUGAUCUCGCUAUCACAGAGAAAGAUCUAACUAUCACAGAUAAAGAUCUCAGCAACCCAGAGGAAGAUCUCAGCAACCCAGAGAACAAUCUCAGCAAUCCAGAGAAAGAUCUCAGCAUAACAGAGAAAGAUCUCAGCAGUCCAGAGGAAGAUCUCAGCAACCCCAAAAAAGAUCUCCCUAUCACAGAAAAAGAUCUCAGCAGUGAAGUGAAAGAUCUCAGCAGUCCAGAGGAAGAUCUCAGCAACCCCAAAAAAGAUCUCACUGUCACAGAAAAAGAUCUCAGCAGUCCAGAGGAAGAUCUCAGCAACCCAGAGGAAGAUCACAGCAACCCCAAAAAAGAUCUCACUGUCACAGAAAAAGAUCUCAGCAGUGAAGAGAAAGAUCUCAGCAACCCCAAAAAAGAUGUCACUAUCACAGAAAAAAAUCUCACUAUCACAGAGAAAGAUCUCAGCAGUCCGGAGGAAGAUCUCAGCAACCCCCAAAAAGAUCUCACUGUCACAGAAAAAGAUCUCAGCAGUGAAGAGAAAGAUCUCAGCGGUCCAGAGGAAGAUCUCAGCAACCCCAAAAAAGAUGUCACUAUCACAGAAAAAAAUCUCACUAUCACAGAGAAAGAUCUCAGCAGUCCGGAGGAAGAUCUCAGCAACCCCCAAAAAGAUCUCACUGUCACAGAAAAAGAUCUCAGCAGUCCAGAGGAAGAUCUCAGCAACUCCAAAAAAGAUCUCACUAUCACAGAGAAAGAUCUCAGCAGUCCAGAGGAAGAUCUCAGCAACCCCCAAAAAGAUCUCACUGUCACACAAAAAGAUCUCAGCAGUCCAGAGGAAGAUCUCAGCAACCCCAAAAAAGAUCUCACUAUCACAGAGAAAGAUCUCAGCAGUCCAAAGGAAGAUCUCAGCAACCCAGAUGAAGAUCUCAGCAACCCAGACGAAGAUCUCAGCAACCCAGAGGAAGAUCUCAGUAACCCAGAGGAAGAUCUGAGCAUCAUAGAGAAAGAUCUGAAUAGUCCAGAGAGCAGCACUGAGAUGAUGACAAAUAACAGUUCACUUAGACAAAGAGAUAUUGAUGACUGUCAAUCAAACCCUUGUGAGAAUGGAGGCACGUGCAUUGAUAAAGAGGAUUCAUUUGUGUGUUUGUGUUUGCCCAGUUACACAGGAGACCAAUGUGAGAGAGACACAGAGGGCUGUGAACACGGCUGGAUGAAGUUUCACGCUCACUGUUAUCGACUCUUUCCACGCAGACACACAUGGGAGGAAUCAGAGAAAGAUUGUCGAGAGCACAGCAGUCAUCUGACCAGCAUCACAUCAUCUUUGGAGCAGGAUUUUCUCAACGGUUUAGGUCAUGAGAAUAUUUGGAUUGGACUGAAUGAUCGUACAGUAGAAGAGGAUUUCCAGUGGACCGAUGGAUUAGAUGUUGUGUAUGAGAACUGGCGUGAGAGUCAGCCGGAUAAUUUCUUCGCGGGUGGAGAGGACUGUGUGGUCAUGAUUUCAAGAGAAGACGGCAAAUGGAACGAUGUGCCGUGCAACUACAAUCUGCCCUACGUCUGUAAGAAAGGAACAGUCAUGUGUAACACACCUCCUUCAGUGGACAAUGCCUAUCUAGUGGGUCGCAGACGAUCACACUAUGACAUUCAUGCAGUGGUUCGGUAUCAGUGUGAUGAUGGCUUCUUUCAGCGUCACGUACCGACCGUCCGCUGUCGACCCAAUGGGACCUGGGAAAGACCCAAGAUCAUCUGUACCAAGUCACGUCGAUCUCACCGUUACCGUCGGCAACACCACAGAUCCCGGCGUGAGCACCGGAGACACAGGAGACAUGGAUCCGGUCACAGAGGACGAGAUUAAACCUCACUGGUGUUUAAAGGCAGGGGACGUCCCCUUUAAUCUGUGAUUUCACUUUCAGUGUUUUCCAGUCAGAGGAAACACAACAGACCCUGAAAAACCUAAACAAUAACUUCUCCUCAUCUCCUGAUCUCCUCCUGAUCUUCUCCUCUGGAUCUCCUGAUCUUCUCCUGAUCUUCUCCUGAUCUCCUCCUGAUCUUCUCCUGAUCUUCUCCUGAUCUCCUGAUCUUCUCCUCUUGAUCUUCUCCUGAUUUUCUCCUCCGAACCUCCUGAUCUUCUCAUCACCUCCUUAUCUUCUCACUUUCUUCAAAACUUUGUGACUACAGUUCAAGUCAUUUAGGUUUUAUAAUCAGAGAUGGUCUUGAUGAGGUCUGAAGGGUUGUUACUGUAGAUUGACAGACAGAAGAUUAUUAAUGCAGUCAGUGAUAUAGAGACAGAUCUGUAUAGAGUUACUCGUACAGAUGACAGUAGUGUUUGCUUCAGCUGUAGGUUAUUUGUGUUUUGUAAUGUUUCAAGAUUUGUAUUCAGUGUGGUCUCUACUAAACUUUGCAUUUCUGCCAGGUCACUGAGUAAGAAUGAUAUUUAGCUCUGUAAUAGAAAAACUGUUUAUUAGAAACAGAAAAUGUGGUCAGUUUGUCUUCUUAAAGGAGCAUUUCACCCGUGGAAACAUUCAUCUUUAUUGAAAGUGGAUCAUAUUUGUAGUCGAAAUCUAACAUACAUUUCGAAUUUGGUGCCUAUUUGACCGAGGAAAGGAGUGUUUGUAGUCUUACCCCCUCAACAAAGAUAUUGGACUUCCUUCUUUCAAUGAUGCAAAAUGAUGAUUUUGACAUCAUUGAAAGAAGGAAGUGCAACACUGAAAUCUGUAUUUCUCCUGUCUCAGGGGAAACUGAGGAAAUAAUGCACUACCAUUCAAAAACAUGACUGGGGUUCUAACUAUACAAAGCUUAAUGCAAAAAGGUGAAGUGUCCCUUUAAAUACUCGACUGAUAAAUCACAAAGUCAUCUAUGUUGUUUUCAACUUUACAUCAUUUAGGCCUACAUGUUAUGUUUUAAUCCUCUGCAGUAAUGUUGAGCUGUUUCUGUUUGAUAAAGAAGAUUACACAUUAACUCUUUCCCUGCCAGCAUUUUUUUCAAAAGUUGCCAGCAUUUUUCAUGAUUUUCACAAAAGUUUAAUACCUUUCAGAAAAUGUUCUUCUUCAAAUAUAUAAACAUACUAUAUAUCAAAUGAAAGAACAGACCCUCUGCUUUUCAAAAAAAAAAGAAUCCUACCUUCAUUAGUUUUCUUUUUAUCACCGCUCAAAUAUGGGUAGGUUUCUUCAAAAACAGCAAAUUUUGAGCAAAAAGCUGAGAUAAUUGAGAGAGAAGGACUUUUGAUAGAGAUCAGAUUCAGAGUGAUUCUCAAAACAUACACUGACAUACCGCUGUUGUCCCUAUAGGGCAAUACUUCUGGUUUUAUAAGUUGCGGAAGAGCGCUACCUCGUGGAUAAUUGCGGUAUUACGGAUUGCCGGAAAUACUCGUCAUUGGCAGGGAAGCGUUUUCUCUUAAUUGAUGAGUUAACUCGUCAAUGGCAGGGAAAGAGUUAAAAAACGCUGGGUUAUUUUUAAACCAGUGUUGGGUCAAAAGGGACAAACCCAGACAUACAGUAUAUCUGACCAAACAAUGUGUAGUUAAACCAACCCAGCAGGUUGUCUUUGUCCCUUUUGACCGAGUGCUGGUUUGAAAGUAACCCAGCAGUGUUUAUUGUGCACAAAUCAGAACAUAUAAGACAAGGACACCUUUUAAAAGUUUGUGUAGUUUUUAUUUGGAUUUUGAUUGAUUUUGUGUUUUUAUGAUCUGUCAUGAUUGUCAACAAACACUACACACAUUGUCUUGCAUGUGUUUGCUGAUGGUCUGUAUGUUUUUGAAAUGAUUCACUGUGAGAGCAAUUUAAUUUUCAUAGAGCUCUGAAAUGGUAAAAGUCAUCUCCAACAUGGGUUAAUCUGCACUAUGUGUGUUGUUACUGGUAUCUUCAGAGAAUCAAGCGUGUGAUCCAGAUGUUGUUUGAUCUCCACAUUAGAGAUAGCUGAGAGAUGCGCGUGUUUGCUGAAAUAAUACAGAGGGUUUUGUGUCUCACUCUUAAAAUAUUGGGUUUUUUAAAACAAUAGUUGGUUAAUAACAAACCAGCAUAGAGUUAUUUAUAACCCAACAGUUGGGUUUCUUCAUAUUUGACCUAACUUUGGGUUGAAACAACUCAGUUUCUUUCGAGUGUAUAAACAGUAUUAAACUUGAAUCUUGUGCCAUUUCAUUCACAGUCACCUUAAGACUCUGCUUAUGUGUGAAGUGUGUGUGUGUGUGUUUGUGUGUGUGUGUGUGUGUGUGUGUGUGUGUGUGUGUGUGUGUGUGUGUGUGUGUGUGUGUGUGUGUGUGUGUGUGUGUGUGUGUGCGCGUUUGUGUGUGUGUGUGUGUGUGUGUGUGUGCGUGUGUGUGUGUGUGUGUGUGUGUGUGUGCGCGUUUGUGUGUGUGUGUGUGUGUGUGUGUGUGUGUGUGUGUGUGUGUGUGUGUGUGUGUGUGUGUGUGUGUGUGUUUAACAUGUUUGUAAAGUAACCCAGCAGGUGCGAGUGUGAAUUAAAUGUGUGUUUUCUUUUCUCUCUGUGCUCUGAGUUUGUUCAGUGUGUUUAUUUCUGUACAUGUAUUCUGUAGUGAGCAUUAUAUGUUAGAUGAAGAAUGAUCAAGAUAGAUUUUCUGCUGUAUAUAAUCUGUGGAUUAAUUGAAAGGUUUUGAUCAUUGAUUCUUUCAUAUCAUUCAGUGUUUACUGUUUUAACACGGUCACAUCUUUAGGUGAAUCUCACAAGCAACAUUCCAGUAUUACUAGAGUAUCAAUAUACAGUAUAUUAUAAAGUGAAAGGCUUAUUUUGGACUGAAGUGUGACCUGGUGAUGUUUUUGAGAGGUUAUGGGAGGUCAGCUGUGCCUUUUAUCAACUCACACAAACAUUUGUUUUAAUACUUCAAUCUGAUGUCUCUGAAUGUGAUUUGUGUGAAGAUCAGAUCUCUCUCUGUAGUGUUUUUAUGACUAUGGUUUGUUUUUCUUUAUUAAACUCCACCAAUAAACCUGAUUGAAUUAGA